AACUAACGCAUCUUCAUUUAAACGGGUGUCAUACUUCUUUAUUUUGUAGGGUUGCCACAGUCGCAGCUGAGCUGUUCAUAGUAUAGACGUACAGCAUGUCAAGCUACCCUAGAUAGACCUCUAUUCAGUGAUAAUAAUGGCGAAUUUGAAAUUAAUUUGGGAGACAACGGGCAGCUAUCGUGCAAUUACUUAUUUAUUUUAAUGCAUUCCGACAUGAACGAGUACUUCAGUUGUAAUUGCACAGCCAAUCGCAGUUUCAAAUUAAUCGGAAAAAAUGAUCGUAGUUUUCACAUUAAUAAUGGUUUUAAAAUUGGAAUUUGCGUACGCUCAUUUAAAAAAUUUGGGUCCGGUAUAUACAAACUGGACAUCUGAAGAAGUUAUGGUGUUUUCUAUGGUUGCUGGCGGUAGUCGCACCAAGUUGUCUAAAUAUCCAUUCAAUGUGAAAGUCCUAAAUUUCGGCAGUUUGUGUGGAGGUUCUAUAAUAACGGUCAAACAUGUACUCACUGCGGCCCACUGCUUUGAGUACAAUGAUCACAUCGGUGACAUGCAGGUGAUAUCUAAUUCAGAAGGUGUAUUUAGCGUUGGUGCAAUUUUUCAUGAUAUCUGGGAUUUUAAGAUCCACGAAGGAUAUGGUGUUGGGUCAACUUUCGCCAAUGAUGUUGCAGUGUUAAUAAUUCACGGGCAAUUCACAUAUGGGCCAAAGGUCAAGAAAGCAAUUUUGGUUCAUCAUCCUCACUGGAUGACUGAAAAUGAAACGACAUUUAUAGUGACUGGUUGGGGUGAAACUGAGAAUGCAGGUGAAAAUAACUACCAAAUCAUGAGGGAGGCUGAGCUGAGGUACAUUUCCCGAGAGAACUGCGUCAAGAUGAUACAUACGGAGCUGACGCCCGACAUGUUCUGCUUGUUUGGCGACGGGAUCAAGGACACGGGACGAGGCGAUUCGGGGGGAGGCGUGCUUUGGAACGACCAAAUUGUCGGGAUUACUUCUCAUGCCAGGUUCUACAACGACGCGGCUAUGUGUGCAGGCGCCAUCCUUAGCAGCUAUAGUGUGCUGACUUCCGCUCACUGCCUGGAUCACAAUGAUGACAUUAAUUUAAUGGCAGUCGUCGUCGGGUCGCAGUCUCUGACGGACUAUAGAGGUCAAUGGGCCGGGAUCGUAAAGUCCGUGGUUCACGAAGAAUACAACAUAUCCGUUCAGUUUUCUUGUGACGUAGCAGUUCUGUUCUUGAGCCAGAAGUUGGAGUUCAGUAAGACCGUCCAGAGGGUCGUUAUAGCUCACAACAACGACUGGAUGAAGCAUCAGCAAGAUGACUUUCUUGUUUCUGGAUGGGGCCGCACAUCAUAUAACGGUGACGUGUCCCCGGUACUGCUUAUGACCAAAUUGCAUUAUAUUGAUCGCGAAAAGUGUGAAAGACUGAAUGGAAUCAAACUUUCUCCAGACAUAUUCUGUUUAUAUGGUUCUGGCAAGAGUGACGCAUGCAAAGGAGAUUCCGGGGGCGGCGUCAUGUGGAAAGGGAUGUUGGUUGGCCUAACAUCUCAUGGCAAUGGUGGGUGCUCAGUAAUAGAUAAACCAACUAUGUUUGCCAAUAUUUGGUAUCUCAGAAAUUGGAUUGAAAAACAAGUUAAUGAAUUCGUACGAAGUGAUUGUGUCAAUACGUCCUCGGAAAAGCAUAUGAAAUUAAAAAUUAAAAAGUUGAUAAGAAUAAAAGGAUUUUAGAAUUAAAGAAAUGAGCAAGUAACUU